AUUGUUUCAGAAGACAAUGCUGUGUUCACGCUUAAUCCAGGGAAGUCAUCUAGCCAGGGCCGGUCUCAGGUCUGGCCUUCUCUCCCCAGCUUCAGUUCUUCCAGCUACAUCAUUCUCAACUACCAUUGCUAAACGCAGUUCUGGUGACCAUGUCCGUAUGUGGACUGCUGAACGUGCAGUAUCUCUAGCUCAGAUCCCAGCCUGUAUAAUUCCAUUCCUCUACACUACUCCCCUCACAGAUGCACUCUUUUGUACAUUGGCUGUACUCCACUCACAUUGGGGUAUUGAGGCGAUCGUUGUUGAUUACAUCAGACCCUCUUUGUUCAAUGGAAGCACUGUCAUUCCCAAUAUUGCUGUCGGUUUGGUCUGGGCUCUGUCAGCGUUCACUCUAGGUGCUCUAUACUACUUCAACUACACUGAUGUUGGUAUCGUCAACGCUAUCAAGAUGCUGUGGAAGCUCUAGAAGGAUAUGCCGAGGAAUAAAGGAGUUGACGAGCAUGAACUAAAUAAUAUAUAGUCGGUUUAUUCAGUCAAAUUAUAAAUGUUAUGGUACAGCUUUCAGCAACAUGUACAAACAAGUUUUAUCAAGAAAUCGGGAGUAAAGGGGGGGGGUUUCUUUACUUGGUCUGGUAUUAAGAAAAGAAUACGUUUAACAAAGUAACAAAUGGUCUGGAUUUAAAUACAAAAUUUAUUACAUUUUUACUUGGACACCCUGUCUAUAUUGUUGAAGGGUUUAUCAAGGUGCACCCUAUAGUGACACACAAGGCCAAAGUAUCCGUGAAAAGUAAAAUAUUUAUUGCAGAUAUUGAAAAUGGGAAUACCGAGGAAAAAGGAAGAAACCAGCUUACAGAGUUUAGCAAGCUUUCUAAAAAAUAUACCAAACCUACCCAGAAAAAAGUUGUUUGGACUGACCGGGUUGAUGUUUGUUUCAAUUUAUGGUUUUGGAUACCUAUUCUCCGACUACCGAAAGUAUAUUCAUAGAAAUAUUAUUAUCCGUGAGCUGGAGAAGGUUCGAUCAGAUAUCACGGUUUCCGAGAUUCAUUUUGGAGGUAGAAAUAAACCCUUCUCCAAUGACUAUGGACUAGACUACCCGGAGAAGGGGUCGGAGAAGAAAUCUUGAGAACGGAAAUAAACAGUAUUGUAACCUCGGAUUGGAGUCAAGUUCUAAAUUGAGAAAGAUAGUACAACAUCACGAGGAGAUGCUAUAAAUAUCACUUGAACGAACUUCGGGUUUUAUUUUUAUUUUUCUACAAAAUAUUGUGUUUUUCUCGAUCAAGAAUUUCCCUCAAAAGUAAAAUGGCUGUGAUUUUAGUCUAAUUAAUAUUUAUUUAAUUUCAGAUAAAUCUCCGAAAUAAAAAUGGCCGGUGGAGCUGAAGCUGAAUUUACUGGACUCGCCAAGCACUUCAACUCCUUUACUAACACUGGAAGAGCUAAUGUUGCAAAGGCGACCUACUGCGCCAUCUUCCUGAUCUACGCUGGGAACAAGAUCAGGAAAUCUGUCUCCGCAAAGUGAAGCAUUUUACCAUGACGAGUUCUCAACCUUUCUCCCAUGAUUCUCAUCAAACACAAUUUUAUCCCAGUUUUCAAUAUUCUCAUUAUUUAUUAAUUAUAUCUCGUUGAGAACUCAUGAAUACAUUAGUCAAUGUUUAGAAUAAACAAAUAUUCCAGA